AUGCCGGACGCGUUGCUCCACGACGUCCUCCAGUCGUCGUCUGCAGCUUCGAAACGCAGCAAGUUGGAGCGCAAGAAAGCGCGACUCAAUCGCCGCAAAAUCGCUGCGGCAGCCGAGCGAGAUGCGCGCGCGAGAGAAGCCGAGGCGGCGCGUGUCGCAGCCAUUAGCUGCAGUCGCUUGCGCCGUCUCCCGCCUUGGCUGCCCGCGCUUCCGUCGACCAACGAUCAAGAUGCUGCGGUGCUAAGGCAACUCAAUGACGCCUCGUCUCCAGUGGCUGUUCGUGUAGGGGAAGAGAUGAUGCGCUAUUGCGCCUAUACGGACCUCGUGGUGGACGCUGCACGCCAUUACAUCGACACGGCUAUUGCCCACAUUGCCGACGGGGUGCGCAAAAUCUGGCCACACGCGUCUGUCACGUGCUUUGGCUCGUACUCUACGGGCUUGUGGCUGCCGUCGAGUGACGUGGAUGUAGUUGUGAUGGGGCUGUCGAACGCGACGGACCAAGACGUGCCAACGCGGUUCGUGCCUGACGGAGUGAAAGAGCUUGAGCGACUGGCAAACCAACUACGUCCGCAGAAAACGUGGGUGCAACGCGUGGAUGUGGUACGUGGAGCCAAAGUGCCGGUGGCGAAGUUGAGCUUACGACGCGGGAGUCAGAGGGAAGGCGAGAGCUUGGUAUUGUUGCGGGUAGAUAUCUCGAUUGAGAACGUCCAGACAUGUCAGGGAAUGGAGGCGAGCAAGUUAGUGCGACGAUAUGUCACUGACUUGCCCCGAUUGAAACCACUGCUUAUGGUGCUGCGGCAAAUGCUGAGGGAAAAGGCACUGAAUAGUGCGUACACUGGAGGAUUGAGCUCAUACGCGGUGACGCUGCUGGCUGUGUUUAUGAUUGAAGCUCGGAUGCAUCAGGAGUCUGAAAGCGAAGACGAAGACACAGCUUGGAAGCGGAAUGAAAAGGUUGAGAACGAGACGCUUAGAGAACGGGAAGCACGGGAACUUGGUUGCCUGCUGCUUGGAUUUCUGGAGUACUACGGCACAUCGUUUGACUACUACACGACGGGACUUUCACUCAAGCCCGAGGCGUUUGGCGCGUAUCCACUUGCAGCACAUUUGUCGUUUGCCAAUGGCUUACCACUCAUGCCGCAACUCAUUAUUGACGACCCUGUAUACAAGAAUGGACAGCACAAUGCUGCUGCGGGGGCGUUUGCACUCGCCCGUGUAGUAGCCGCGUUCGAGAAUAGCUAUUUCGCGUUGCGGUAUCACCGGCCCACUCAGUUUACGCCGACUCCGUUGUGUCAACUGCUUCACUGGUCAGGCCACAACGUAAAUAAUCCUUCUGUCACGCUGCCCACGUCGAAGCAGUAA